UCUUCUUUUCUUAUUGAUAGUGUGCAAGAAAAUCUUCCUCCAGUUCUGGAUUCUAAGGCCGAGCAGCCACCUCUCUUUGAUGGAACUAUCAGGCUGUAUACUUGUUACACGUGUCCAUUUGCUCAACGAGUGUGGAUCACCAGAAACUAUAAGGGAUUACAAGACAAGAUUAAGUUAGUUCCAUUAAACCUUGAAGACAGGCCUGCUUGGUAUGCAGAGAACGUUUACCAUGUUAACAAGGUUCCAGCACUGGAGCACAACGGCAAAAUCAUUGGAGAGAGUAUUGACUUGAUUAAAUAUGUGGACAGCAACUUUGAAGGACCUUCUCUUUUCCCUGAUGAUCCUGAAAAAAAGAAGUUUGGUGAAGAAUUGUUAUCCUACACUGAUACAUUCAACAAGGAUGUGUAUGCUUCAUUCAAAGGAGACCCUGUAAAACAAGCUGGUGCCGCUUUCGAUUACUUGGAAAAUGCUCUUAAGAAAUUUGAUGAUGGCCCAUUCUUCCUUGGUCAGUUUAGUUUGGCGGAUAUAGCCUAUAUUACAUUUGUUGAAAGGUUCCAGAUCUUCUUAUCAGAAGUACACAAGUAUGACAUUACAGAGGGUAGGCCAAAACUAGCAGCAUGGAUCGAGGAGCUGAACAAGAUUGAUGCCUACAAGCAGACAAAAACAGAUCCAAAAGAGCUGGUGGAAUUUUCCAAGAAGCGCUUCCAGGGAAAAAGAUUCUCAUCAAGUUUCAAGCUUUUGUCCUUAAUCAAAUUUGGAGUUGGAGUUUUCAUCAAGUUUCAAGCUUUUGUCCCUAAUCAAAUUUGGAGUUGGAGUUUUCCAUUUACCAAUUUUCGUCAUGACAAAUCUUACGAAACUUGAAUUUGUGGCUCUUGA